GUUUAACUUAAAGUGGGCUUGGUGUUUGGUCCAGGGAUGGAUAGCAACAGUGGUGCUCGCGUGGCUGGGCAGCGGUCCACUGCUCUCAUUGGACGGUCGUGAUUACAGGCACGCUUCGGAGCGCGAACAAAUAACAGGCAUACAUUAUGCUAAUGAGAUGGCAGUGCGGCACGGGGCAGACCUGAUGCACCCCAUUCAUCCAUCCUUCACACAAAUGCCAGCGCGAGAGGUGUACGACCAUUGUCUGACCAGGGUAUAUAAGGUAUGUGAGGCCAGUCGUGUGCCAGGCUCAUUCGCUCACACGAGCUGAUUCAAGCGCAAGAGCAAGACGCGUGCCUUGUACUCUUCAUUCAAACUACUUUUCGGACUUUUGCUCCUUGCAAGACAACUGAUACUGUCCCUUCUCCAACCAGAUAACUAAGGGAAAACAUGUGCACCGCAAUGGAGACCGUUUACUCUGACAGUUCGAGCUGCGACUACUUUAUGCAAGAUGACGAAGAUUCGUGCAGCAGUAUGCACACUUCCUCCCCGUCAUCCUCCAUCGGCAAGUCCGCCUCCCCGGCCAGCGACCGCCAGGGCUCGUGCGCUACCGACCUGGGACAGAAGAAGAGACGCAGAGGCAGAGCGAGGAACGAAGCCACCGUUCACGUGGUAAAGAAGAACCGGCGCGUAAAGGCAAAUGACCGCGAGAGGAACCGAAUGCACAGCCUGAAUGACGCGUUGGAGACUCUCCGGACCGUUCUACCGGCGUUCCCCGAUGACAGUAAACUCACCAAGAUCGAAACUCUGCGCUUCGCUCACAAUUAUAUCUGGGCGCUCUCCGAGACCAUACGCAUCGCGGAUAUUGAACAGCGCCAGAACAAAUCACGGGCUGAUGCGCCUCUCUUGCUUCCCAACCUACGCGUGAUGGACGCCCCGAGUCCGGCCAGCGAUGCUUUCUCCUGGAGCUCCAGCGCGUCCUCCUCUUCCUCCUCCCCGUCUUAUUGCACUUCAAGCCCCAGCAGCCCAGCCGCCCAGAAUGACUAUGUAUGUUUCCAGACUGAUGUUCGACAGUACAGCUACCACAACUUUGUACCAGGCAUGUCCUACUAAUUGAACUAAAGCCUUACCACAAACUUUUGUAGACUGCGAGAUUGUUACAAUAGAGUGAUUGCAGAAUAACAACUGAAUGCAUACUUCAGUUAGUCUGUUGAAAGGGAAAAAACUGAAUGAUAUUCACUGUUUGCCUUAACCCAUGUCUCUGUGGGUGUGUUUUAUACAGUUUGUUUUGUUUUCCUAUUUUUACAUGCUCUAAUUUACAUUCGGGUUGAACAUUAAUUUAAUUUUGUCGACUUUUCUAAGUUGAGUACGGUUGUUUUGUUAGACGUUUAAUAUUCCUCAAAAACAUUUGCACUUUUUUCCCCAGCGCAUACGAGUCCUAUAAGUCCACUUCACAGAUCUUGACCUGAACCUCUAUUAGACGAGUAUUAUCACUAAAAAGAAGAAGACAGAUUUGCUUUUGUAAACUGAGGUGAAAAGUCAAUUUUACAAUUAGUAGAGCGAUAAUGCAGAAAAACGAGCGUGGAAAUUCAGUUCCUCUGCUCUGACAAUAGAGUGAAAGGCCGUCAAAAGACAAGGACCUGACUUCAUACAUUAUGGAGAUUGACCCCCUGAAAACUGCAAUCCUGUUCAAUAGAAAGACUCAAUCCCACGAAGGGGCUAGAGAGGAUCCUUCUACGACGUUUUUUUUUUUACAUUUUAUUUAUUCAAGUUUCGCCUGUCAUAAUGUAUUUUGUAUAUUAAUAGAUUUCUAUUCUAUUUACAUGAAAAAUGUAUGAACCAUUUUUCUACAAAUAAAAAUAUAACUUUAAAAAAAAUAUUUCUCAGUGUUUGGACUUACUUGCUGAGAGUGGAACAUUCAAAGCGUGCUGAUUAUUGCACUGAUAAAACGCGUCGCAAAUCCCAUAAACACAACAAUCAUUGUCAUCAUUAUGAAAUUAAUUACAAGAGCAGUUAGUUUCCUCGCGUGGCCUGUUCAUGAAACAAAGAGGUGUGAUUAAUAAGAUAACGGUUUUAGAGAGAGCACCGCAGGUGCAUCCAUCAGUUGAGGUUUUAUUGCAGCUCAUCACCCAUGACCCCCAUCAGCACUGUUGAAUGUAUUAUCUUCUGGGACUUUCAACAGGCAAAAUAGCAAAUUCUAAGAUUGUUAAUGUGGCCAAAUAAAAUCUGAUAUAUAUAUGUAAAGUGUAACAAUUUGAAUAUUUAUUUUAAUCUGCCUUCUACAAUUUAUAUAUAUAUAUAUAUAUCCACUUCACAGAUCUUGACCUAUAUAUAUACAUUUAUAUAAAUAUAUAUAUAAAUUGUAGAAGGCAGAUUAAAAUAAAUAUUCAAAUUGUUACACAUUACACUGAUAAAUUACAUCGCAUCCCCUUUGGAAAAUGUAUUGAUGUCUUUGCAUGUGUAGGACCAGUUUAUGACAUUUUCAUUGAAAAGCUUCUAUAGAAUGUUAUUUUCUCAACCCAGAUAUGCAUUUAAAGAGGUUUUCCUUAGAGUUUAUUUGUUGUUGUUGUUGUUGUUGUAAUCAUCCAUCACACCCGGGAUAAUGUUUUAUUUCUAAAGGGUAUUCAGGUGAAAUUCUCCAGUUGGAGGUUCGGCGGCCUGAGGUCCGGCCAAGGCUUUUGUAUCUGCACGUCUCGGGGAUAGACGAGCAUAAUAGGAAUGCUGCCAUCCCUACGGAUGUGCCAAUUUGCAUGAAGCAAAAAUCAAAAAUCAAAAUCAAAAUAAAGAGAAUGUCAGCCUGCCAAGGACCAAAUAAAAUCUUCUGACAUUUCAGCUCUUCUGGUGGA